UAUCCUCUGUGUAUAAUAUAAUAUUGUAUGAAAUUAAAAAUUGACAUACGUAUGUUUUCCAUUGUCUUUCGAUUUAUGUAUAUAACUGUUUAAAAGACAAUAUUCAGUUCAAAGCCAAUUCAGUUCGGUUUCCAUGGAUAUACUCCGAUAUUGUUUGGAGUUGUAUUUCGUGCUCUACGUUAACACAAAUACCUUUUAUUCCUCCGAGUGAGAAAACUCAAAACAAGAAGUAUCAAUAUUUUCUAUUUCAUUCGACGAAGUGUUAUCAAAAAUAAAACACGAAAUAUAUCUAUACAAACUAGCUAGCUAACUAUGUCAAUAAUGAGUUCAGUUCCAUGCUCUGGUCUGACCGCACAAGAAGGAGUACCAGAAUGGGAUCAAAACAAUACAACGACCUUGAUACAAAUGUACAAAGAAAGAAAAUGCCUCUGGGACACAAGCCACGAGUUUUAUAAAAAUCGACGUUUCCGUCGCGAGGCUCUCACGGAAAUGGCGAAUCAUUUUAAUUGUUCAUUAGCGGACGUUGAGAAGAAAUUAUACAUGCUUCGUAGUUCAUUUAGGAAAGAAUAUCGUAGAUGGAAUUAUGCCAAGUUAAAUGCAGGCCCUAACAAUACGUUUCUAGUCAGAAAGCCUCAAUGGUUCGCAUUGGAUUUACUUAUGUUCCUUAAGGAUGAUGUUGCUAAAAAAUCAGUGAUACCACUUAAUCCGAUUACCACGGACUGUGUUCAACAGCAGCAAGUUCAACAAAAUCAUCAUCAUCAUCAUCAUCAACAACAACAACAACAACAACAACAACAGCAGCAGCAGCAGCAGCUUCAUCAACAUCAACAAUCGCAACAGGAAGCUCAUCAACAAACUCAACGGGAUUUGGACUUAAGUAUACCGGAAAUUCAAAAUGUUUUUUAUUACGACAGCGAGAACAGCACUUUAACUCCGUUGGAACCAGGCGAAGUUACCUUGGAUUACAAUCUUCAAUGUCCAAUACAAGUACCCGAAUUGAAACAGUCGCCUGGUAAAACCUUGAAAAGAAGUUCUAACGUUGAAUCAAAUCUUCUUGAACUGAAUAGCAAACGACAAAAAAAUAAAGAUCCAGAGGAUACUCGAUUACGCUUAAUAAAAGCGUCCCCGAUCGAUGUUCAAGAGAAGGACACUUUUACGGCCUUUGGUAAUUUCGUUGCGGAAGAAUUGCGAAACAUAAAAGACACCGGUCAGAUGCAAUUAGCCAAAUUACGAAUUCAUCAAAUACUAUUCGAUGCGACGCGCAAUUUUUUGAAAGUUCCAAUACCAAGAUUGUGAAGUUUUAAAUACAUAACAACGUUAAAUUACUUCUUUUUUUUUUUUUUUUUUUUUUUACACGUUAAAAAUAUUUAUACAUCCGUUUGACUUCGUUUAACGAGCCUAAAAGAAGAAGAAGAAAAAAAUGAAAAAUAAAAUUACAAAUAUAUUCUUGGUGAUAAAACAACAUGAUUCCAUUAAGCAGAUACAAGGAUCACUGCCUUGACCCUUUAGAUUCAUAUUUUCACAAAGGACAAAGACGAAUUGUAAUUUCAAGUUCAAAUUUCUUCACGGACAAAAACGAUUGCCAAAAGUUUGACGUAAGUGACGGUAUUGAGGCUGCUAUUUCGAGGAUAGAAUACGAUGGUAUCAUCGUCGUUCUUAACCGGCCAACAUUCUACGCAUCGUAAUUCUGUGCCCAAAUAUUCGAUUUGAAGUCGAGGUUCGACUAUACUAAAACUUGUCGCGCGAUAGCAAAUCAAAUAUCAACUUGAUGCUUUAAAUCUUGUAACUCGUCCGCGUCUUUUUCAUUUUCUUUCUUCUUUUUUUUUUUUUUUUUUUUUUUUUUUUUAAGAAUACCAAAGUUUUGCAGUAUCUUCUUUAUUAUCAU